AUGAGACUGAGGCCCGUGAAGCCAAUAGUCUCGUACAACAAUUUCGACCGUGACAUGCACAACGCCACGGCAGUGCACAAAUUCCGGUUCACAAUUGAGCAAAUCCGCGUGCUCGCUGUGGCUCUACGACUGCCAGCCUUUUUAAGUACAUCCAUCUCCGAUCAAGUGGAGUCGCUCGAGGCACUUGCAAUCCUGUGUCGACGCCUGGCUGAGCCCUGUCGACUUUUCACUAUUGCCGAUGAAUUUGGGCGUUCCGUCGAGGCCUGCAGCCGCAUCGACCGCAACUGCUCAGUACAAGACUUGGAGCGAUGUGAUCCUCUUUCAGGAAGCCUUGCUCAAACCUAUGCCGGUGCGAUCGAGUCGAAGAGUGGGCUCAGAGGGUUGCGCACCUGUGUUGCGUUCAUUGAUGGGACGAAGCAGUACAUCAGCCGUCCGUCAGCAGAAGGUCAAGAACACGAGAACCUUCAACGUUCGGUGUACAACGGUCACCUCCGUCGCCAUUGUCUGAACUGGCAAGGUAUUACCGUUCCUGACGGCAUCAUCAUCAGCAUGUACGUGCCGGUAGUGGGGCGGCGCCACGAUUCCACCAUGUUCUCCAUGAGCCGCAUAUGGAGAGGAUGA